CUCAGCCACUUUUGCGACAACGCCCCCGUUCCGCAGCCGAUUCACCAAACAAACCUUGAAAUCGACCCAAGCCGCUGUCCGAGCCGCGCCGCCAGUCUCCGGCGACCCCGAGCCCCAACCAUCCCAUCUCCGGCCACAGGAGCUCCAGGGUCUGCAACUCUAGGGUUCCUCUCUCCAUCUUGUCCUCCGCUACGCCCCGAAUCGAUGGAGAUCAGGGCCCCGCCGACGAGCCUCAGGCUCGCGACGCCGCCCGCCACCGCAAGCUUCCGCCCGGCCGCCCUCCGGACCUCCUUCCUCAACGGCAGCGUUUCUCUUCGAGCUGUGCAAGUACGCCAAUCAAAUGUCAACAGAUUUAAGUGCAACGCCAUACGGAGUAACCUCUUUGAUAGACUAACUAGGGUUGUCAGCUCCUAUGCAAAUGCAAUUCUGAGUUCAUUUGAAGACCCUGAGAAGAUCCUAGAUCAAGCGGUCUUGGAGAUGAAUGAUGAUUUAAUAAAGAUGCGGCAAGCCACUGCACAGGUCUUGGCAUCUCAAAAGCGGCUCGAGAACAAGUACAAAGCUGCCGAACAAGCUGAUGCUGAUUGGUACCGGAGGGCUCAACUUGCUCUUCAAAAGGGCGAAGAGGAACUUGCUCGUGAAGCCCUUAAACGGCGUAAAUCAUAUGCUGAAAACGCAAGCUCCUUAAAGGCCCAGCUUGAUCAGCAGAAGAGUGUCGUUGACAAUCUUGUUUCAAAUACCAGGCUUCUUGAGAGCAAGAUAGCAGAGGCCAAGCAGAAAAAGGAUACCCUAAAAGCCCGUGCUCAAUCAGCGAAGACCGCAACAAAAGUGAGUGAAAUGCUGGGGAAUGUAAAUACAAGUAGUGCCCUAUCAGCAUUUGAGAAGAUGGAGGAGAAAGUUAUGACUAUGGAAUCCCAAGCUGAGGCACUUGGUCAAUUAGGAGCUGAUGAUCUAGAAGGAAAGUUUGCGAUGCUCGAGACUACAUCGGUGGAUGAUGAUCUUGCACAAAUGCGAAAAGAACUGUCCGGGAGCUCUUUGAAAGGCGAACUUCCUCCGGGUAGAACCACGGGCAGCAAAUCAGGCAGCCCUUUCAAAGACAUUGAGAUUGAGAAGGAGCUAAGUGAGCUGCGGAAGAAGGCCAAAGAGUACUAGAUUUUGCAGGCUUGAUGAAAUGAAACCACCUAACCGAAGAACCCCAGAAGUUAUAUAGCCUUGCAGAUUUUCAGCAAUGUGCAUCCGGGGUUCUGAACCCAUCAGUGCACUUCUUUUGGUAAAGGUAUAUACAGUUGUGCGAAGAGUUCUCUCGCAGUUUUCCUGUGAAUGGCAGUCUACUUUGUACAGUUAUAUUUGUCACAUAAUGCAAAUCAUCACACCCUUUUCGAGCUUA